CGGGGCGGUGAUUUUGGUGGUUGCAGGAAAGACUAGCUGAAAGUUACACAAUCCACGAGUAGCUUUUAUAAUACUCAGCUGCAUGUCUCACAAGCGCAGCAUCUCAGCAGCAGCGCACGUGUCUGUGUUAGUCGCGUUCGCAAAAUUUAUUUUUUGGGAGGGAGGGGGUUACAGACAACUUAAUUUUCUGCAGGUCCCAAGUAAGAACACAUCAUUCGAUUUUUACAUCUAACGCUUUUCCGUUUAGACCAAAAACAUAAUACGUUUCAUUGCAGUUAACAAACAGCUAAUUCUCUGUGGACUGUAACCGUACUCCUACUACCGAUCAGAAGCAACAUUAAACAUUAUUAAGUACGAAAUGCCGUUUUUAACUAGAUAAAACUUCAAAAGAGGGCAAAGUUUGAAGAGCGGGAAUUUGAGCCUUACAAGUAGCAGGAGGAACCCCGAGGAGUGAGAACCCGGGGACAUGGAGCCGAGUUCAGUCAUCAUUCCCACCAUAGGGGUGUCCGCUUUUCUCUUCAAGCUCAUAAACAGCAGCCUGGACAGACUCCCCGCUCCAGGAUCUGCCUGCAGGAAUACGUGGAAAUGGAGAAACAUAACAACAUCUUUCGUCCACAGCCUUCUAACAGGGGUAUGGGCUAUUCUUUGUUUCUACUUGCACCCUGAAAUGGCGGAAGACCUGAUAGAUACUCAUUCGGGCUUCUCGCGCGCCUUGGUGUGCGUAUCAAUCGGUUACUUCAUCCAUGACCUUUUAGACAUGAUCUUCAACCAGAAGAUCAGCAAGUCCUGGGAGCUCGUUUUCCAUCACCUGGUGGUCAUCACCUGCUUCGGGAUUUCUGCUCUCAGCUUCCGCUACGUGGGCUUUGCGGUGGUGGCCCUGCUGGUGGAGAUCAACUCCAUCUUCCUGCACCUGCGGCAGAUGCUGCGCAUGGCCGACCUGGCCAAGAGCACCGUGUACCGGCUGAACAGCAUGGUGAACCUGGGCACUUACGUGGUGUUCCGCAUCAGCACGCUAGCCUGGAUGACGCGAUGGCUGGUGCUGAACCGCAGCCUCAUCCCGCUGCUCAUUUACACGGUGGGCAGUGUGGGCAUGGCCAUUAUGACUGUAAUGAACAUCGUCCUGUUUUACCGACUACUGCGCAGUGACUUCCUGAUAAGCGGCCGUGAAGCAAGGAGGGAGAAGGAGAUGUAGGAGAAGCAGCCCCGUCCACAUCUCAGCCUCAGCCCCGACCUCCUGUCUCAUGUCAGUCUUUUCAAAGUCCCAGGGCGUCCAUUAACGAUUUGUCUCCGCUAUUAGGAUAAUUCUACUAGCAUUCGUACACUAAUUAGUUUUCCUUCUAAAAACGACGACAUGAGCACAUGUUCAAAUAUUUGCGCAUUAGAACCAUUCAGCAUGAUUGGAGGUGAAUAAUUUCCCGUCUCCAAAAAAAAAUGGAAGUCAGUUAUGUCGAAGUGACGCUACUUUCUUAGCAUGCGGAUAAAUGGGCAUCUUCAGUCCUUGUAUACCUACAUGAAAAUGUAUUUUAUACGUUUCAAGGAGAUUUAAAAUCAAGACUGUAUUACGUGAAUUAAUAAAGGCCGUGGUCAUCAGCAUAGAAGUUUAAAGGUAAAAAUGAACUUUCAUAGAGUGUAUUUUUAAUACCAGCACUAACAGAGGUUGCAGUGAAUCCUCUUAUAAAUAUUUGUGCUACCUCAGAGACGUGUUGUACGUUUUUUUUUUUUUUUAAUUAUUACUCGUGUUUUUGUUUAUACCUAUAAAAAUUAAGCACAAUGUUCACUGGUGUGUCUCCACCCAGUGGCAUCGCAUACGGACCUCAAAUCAGCAAACGCCGCGUGUGGGGUGGUUGGUCUGUCCGAAACAGGAAAGACUGGCCCUCGGCCGGCAGCAGAACUGCAGCCCCGGAAAGCUGUACGUGCGGAUGCAGGCGCCGCGCACAUCUGCUGUUUACGUUACCGGCUGCACAAAGGGCUACACAUCCCAGUAACCACUAAUGAUUAGCCAGACAAUGCACCGUUCAGCCGACUCCUUCGAGACCUGCCACGGAGAGAAAGUUGUAUCAUGUUUGAAUCGAUUCACAGCUUUUCUUGCAAAAAAAAAAAAAGAUCCUUAAGGACUUCCGCUGGCAGUAAAAAUCAACUAUUUACGCCGUUUAGUUGUGUUAGUGUUUGGCUGAGUGAAGCUACUCGUCUCGUGCUGUGACAGGACUCACAAGGAUCCAUAAACGUUACAAAUGAAAGCAGCCCGUAUCUUUAUUUACCCUUAGUUGUAAUUACCUUUUUGGUCACAGGGUGGUGCACUGGCAUAGUGAAAAAUGUCUCAGCAGUAUUACUGUUUUGUGAAGAAAUAAUUUAGACUGCUGUGGUCUAUUUAAACCCCUUUGCAUUUGUACAUGUUUUUGUCUAUUUAUCUUUAUGAAGUUUUUCUAUUUUUAUGUAAUAGAUUAAUUUUAAACUAGAAUAUACAUUUGACACAUUUGAUCCUGAUAUAAAAAGUAAUUAUUUCGUCUUCAUGUGUUUUCAAGUGACUUAAGAUUUCGUGUUGAAUAUUGUUUAAAUUGCGUAUAAGAUUCUGGUUUUCAUCUCAAUUUCGUUUUAAUACUAAAUAAUUUACUAAAUUUAUGGUGUAUGUGUCUUUGUAAUGUGAGAGUUUUUGUUUUUACAUAAUAAAAUAAUGACGAAUGAAA